CUAAGAUGGGGUUCACCAACAUCAUUCUCUUGGAUGCGAAUCGAUGGCGGAGUGAAGGAGAGGCUGACUUGCUGACGUCAGCGGCUGCGGCUGCUGCCGAUGUCUUCUACUGUUUUGGGAUGAAGGAAGCUAUCCCUUCCUUGUCCGCCUCCCACAGGCAGCAGCUUCGGGACCAACUCGUGUGCUCGUUCUGCGGCAGGGGAGACCUUCUCGUCAUCCUCCAGAACGCUGGGCUGCCGGAUGAGAGCGAGCCCGGAAUGGUGAUGGUGGGGCGACUGGUUGAUGCCAUCGAGUCGGCGUACAACGAGGCGUCGGAGAGGAUGGUGGAGGACAUGGCGGGAGUCAGUGUCGUGUUGGAGUCUUGCUCGCUCCCUGUGCUGUCCGUCUCGUGGGAUGACGAGAGACAGCGGAAGAUCGAAGUCACGUCAGCAUGACAGGCAGGGAGCGUAAUCUGUUCGCUUGCUUCAUUUGUCGUCAACCAGCACCCAAGUCUCCAGUG